GUGAAGAUAGGUAGAAAUGACGGACAUAGUUAUUAUCUGGGUCAUAGCGGUGUUUGCAGCCUUCUCUACAGCAAAUUCAAAUAAUCCGCAAAGCUUCCACCCUCCGUCACGUUCAAAGAAAGAAAGUAUGAAAGGAUUUCAUGACCUUUCCCGGCGUGUGACGUAUCCAGAGAAAAUAUGGCGUGGCGGUGAGGAAACAUUUAUUCAUAACGGCUACAGAGGCGAUCCGGAGACGAGAAGUUUGACGAAACGUUCGGAAGUCGUAAAUUGCCCUGAGGGCUAUACGAGAGACGGAAUCUACAACAAUUGUAUACUAUCCUGUUCACAAUAUAACUGUAUUAACGGAAAGUGCGAUGGUCGCACCGAAUGCAAGUGUAACGAAGGAUACGUCAAGUCCCGAACCAAUAGCUUCAUCUGCCAUCCAAAGUGCAGACCCUGCCUGCCUGGGGAAUGCAACAAGUCGCAACUCUGUACCUGUGACACAGGUUACAAGUUGAGUUCGAACCAACAAACUUGCGAACCGAUAUGUAAUGAUCCACACUGCGAUCGAAAACUUUGCGUCAGUCCGGAUCGCUGCUACAGGAGUUCGACCUUCGUCAAAUUUGUAUUCGGUCAGUAUUGCAGUAGGGAGUGUGGGUUUGGCGAGUGCGUUGGUCUUAAUACCUGCGAAUGCUUCAACGGCUGCAAUAAGACGAAAGAUGGUCAAUGCACUUAUCCAAUCUGCAAAGAAGAGUGCAAAUAUUCAUCAUGUACCGGUCCAGAUAUCUGUACUUGUCAUCCGGGGUACGACAAACCCUUUGAGAAUUCGACAACGUGCGUUCCUCGCUGUACAAGAUGUGACAACGGUAUCUGCGUUGGCCCUGAGAUUUGCCGUUGCCAUAGUGGAUUUGUAAAUCCCAAAAGUAAUAAAGGAACCUGCGCACAUAACUGCUCUCGUGGCUGGACAGGAGAAUCGUGCGAGGAGCCAAUCAUGUGCGUUAUAGCGCUAUACACUCCUCACGACUACGAAAACUCGAUAAGGUGGGUACAAUAA